AGAUCGAGUACCGAUGAUUCUUCGUAUAUAUACACUCUCUACACUGAGAAUUAUACACUGCCCGGGAGAGUACUACGAGUAGUCUCUCUAUCUCUCUCUCAAUCUUCAAAGUAGGAGGAAUUUCUCGAGUUUAAGCUGUUGUAUAUUUUUUGUUGCAAGUAAAGCUGGGAUCAGAGCCAUGACCUCGAGAUUGCAGCAUGGAGAACCGUCCAAUUGAGCUUAUACCAUUUCAAUUCCAACUGUAUUAGAUCAACAAAAACAACAUGGUCGGUAGGACGAUUCAGGUUUCUGGUUUCCCUACGAAUGUGUCUGCAGAAAGUGUGAAGGAGUUUUUGGAGAGAUACACUGGUGAGGGGACUGUUUAUGCACUGAAGGUUAGACCACCCAGGACUGUUGGGCCAAGAUCUAGAGCAUUCGUGAUCGUUCAAUUCACAGCUAGUAGUUAUGCCGAAGAUAUAACCUAUAUGGCUAAUCAGCGGCAGCUGUGGUAUGAGGGUUCUUAUCUUACAACACGAGAUGGUGAGCGUGAUAUUGUGCUGAAGCCAAGGAUCACAAUGUUUAAUUUGGAACAUGCGACUCUGCAUAUCGGCUGUCAGAUUUCGGAUGGAAGUUUUUAUGCUCUUUGGAGUGUUGCCAGCGUUGGAGUCAACUUUAGUUUUGGUCUGCGGAAAUUGGAGUUUUUACUGUCUUACCUUAAUGUCCAGUAUAAGCUCGAACUCUUUUAUGAGAGCAUUUGGCAAAUCCAGCUGCGCCGCCCACAUGGACAAGAUGCUAAGUUUCUCUUGAUACAGGUGGAAGCUGCUCCUAGGAUUUACAAGAAGCUUCCGAUCAGUCCACAAUCUAUAUAUGAAAAUCCAUUUUUAAACUUCUUCAGGGACAUACAGGAUGAUCAAUGGGUCAGAGCAACUGAUUUCACUCCGUCUUCAUCGAUCGGCCAAUCUUCUUCAUUGUGUUUGGAGGUUCCAUGCAGUUGCAAGCUUCCCAAUAUCCGUGAGAACUUCGUAUAUUUUAAAGAAAUUGAAGGUCCAUUUGUACUGCAGAGUGGUUCUUCCUUCUCUCAUGGUUUGUAUCUUGUCCCCAUCAUCGGGCCUCACCAGUGGAUUCAAUUGCCAUAUACAAUUCUGUUUAAGAUAAACAGUUUGGUUCAGAACGGGAUCAUCAUGGGGCCGACACUUGAUGAUGAUUUCUAUAGGUUGGUCAAUCCUGAUUUGUUACCUAUUCGCUACGUGGAACAUGCCCUGGAGACUCUGUCUCAAUUAAAAGAGUCCUGCUUUGAACCUGCAAAAUGGCUUCGUGAGCAGUAUCGAAAAUACCGCGCAUCUCGGCAUUUUCCAAAAUCUACCACUAUUUCGUUGGAUCCUGGUUUGGUCUAUGUCCACAGGGUUCAAAUCACCCCCACUAAAGUGUACUUUUGUGGGCCUGUGGUCAAUGUCUCGAAUCGCGUAUUACGCCAGUAUGAUGAAGAUAUAGAUAACUUCCUUCGUGUUGCUUUCGUUGACGAGGAGUGGGACAAAAUGCGGUCAACGGAUUUGAUAUCGCGUGUAGUUCUGGCAAAUGGUGAAAGGCACACAGAUAUUUAUAAAAGGAUACUCGCCACUCUGAGAAAUGGCAUAGUUAUUGGCGAUAAGAAGUUUGAAUUUCUUGCAUUCUCUUCAAGUCAGUUACGGGAGAAUUCUGCAUGGAUGUUUGCACCAAGGAACGGACUCGAUGCAGCUGGUAUAAGGAACUGGAUGGGCAACUUUAGUAAGAUAAGGAACGUGGCAAAAUAUUCGGCUCGAUUGGGUCAAUCGUUUGGGUCGUCCAAAGAAACAUUGACCGUUGAUAGGCAUGAAAUCGAACAUAUUCCUGAUAUAGAGAUCGAAUACAAGAAAUAUAAUUUCUCAGAUGGAAUUGGAAAAAUAUCAGCCGAUUUUGCUAGAAGGGUGUCAACAAAGUGUGAUAUUAGAGGUUCGACGCCUUCUGCCUUCCAAAUUAGAUAUGGUGGGUACAAAGGUGUUGUAGCUAUGGACCCCAUGUCUCCAUAUAAGUUGUCCUUAAGAAAAAGCAUGCUCAAGUAUGAAUCAGACAACACGAAACUGGAUGUUUUGGCAUGGAGCAAAUAUCAGCCCUGCUUCCUCAAUCGGCAGUUGAUCACUCUUCUGUCAACACUUGGAGUUAGAGAUCAUGUGUUUGAAAUGAAGCAAAAAGAAGCUGUAGAUCAACUGGACAUGAUUUUAACGGAUCCGAUAAGAGCACAGGAGGCACUUGAGGUCAUGUCUCCGGGAGAAAAUAACAGGGUCCUUAGAGAAAUGCUGAUUUGUGGUUAUAAGCCCGAUGCGGAGCCAUUCCUUUCAAUGAUGCUGCAAACUUUUCGGGCAUCAAAGCUGUUGGAACUGAGGACUAAGACACGGAUUUUUGUUCCGAAUGGAAGAUCAAUGAUGGGAUGCCUUGAUGAAACUAGGACUCUUGAAUAUGGGCAGGUGUUUGUUCAGAUAUCUUGCGUUGGGCGUAGGCAGAUUUAUGAUAAUGAUUCAUUUCGGUUCGGUGGAAAUCAGUCAGAUCAGCAGUCCAUUGUGAUCGAGGGCAGAGUAUUCGUAGCUAAAAACCCAUGUCUCCACCCAGGUGAUGUGCGUGUGUUGCAGGCUGUCAACAUCCCAGCUUUACACCAUAUGGUUGAUUGCGUUGUUUUUCCACAGAAAGGAAAAAGACCGCACCCAAACGAAUGCUCAGGGAGUGAUUUGGAUGGAGAUGUAUACUUUGUGAGCUGGGAUCCUGAACUUAUUCCGCCUCGUCAAAGCCAGCCCAUGGAAUACGUCGCCGAACCACCUGUUGUGCUGGAUCACGACGUUGAAAUUGAGGAAGUCGAGGAGUACUUCACGAAUUACAUGGUCAAUGACAGCUUAGGCAUCAUUGCAAACGCCCACACAGUCUUCGCCGACAGGGAGCCAUCAAUGGCCAACAGUGAACCCUGCAUAGAGCUCGCGAAGCUCUUCUCGAUUGCUGUCGAUUUCCCCAAGACUGGUGUCCCGGCCGAAAUCCCAUCCAAACUCCAUGUCAAGGAAUACCCUGACUUCAUGGAAAAGCCGGACAAGCCCACCUAUGUAUCAACCCGAGUGAUUGGGAAGCUCUUCCGGGCAAUAAAGGACAUUGACCCGCAAACCAGCCACAUUAAAUCCUUCACGAAGGAGGUCGCCCGGCAGUCAUACGACCUCGACAUGGAAGUUGACGGCUUCAAGGACUACAUUGAUGACGCAUGGUGGUACAAGGACCAGUAUGACUUCAAGCUCGGUAAUCUGAUGGACCAUUAUGGGAUUAAGACAGAGGCGGAGAUCAUCAGUGGUAGUAUCAUGAAGCUGGCGAAAUCCUUCACGAAGAACAAGGACGCCGAGGCGAUCAGCCUGGCUGUGCGGUCCUUGAAGAAGGAAGUGAGGGGGUGGUUCGAUGAAAAGGGCAGCGAGGCGGGCCCACCCACAGAUGAUGAGGCAUUAGCGAAGGCAUCUGCAUGGUACCAUGUUACGUAUCAUCCUGAUUACUUUGACACCUAUAAUGAUGGUCUGAACCGAGCCCACUUCAUCAGUUUCCCGUGGUGCGUCUAUGACAAGCUGAUUCGCAUUAAGCAAAAGAGAAUGCGGAUGAAACGGGAGGCCGAGCUGACAUCGCUGCAGCAUAGUUUCGGGUGGAAUCUGAGGUUGGGUUGAGAAUCUGUAUCUUUUUCCUUUUGAAUGUUUUAGUUUUAGUUAUACAAGUGUUGGCAUGGAAUAUUAAAAUGCUCCCUAGAGACUGCAUGUUGUCUCCCUCUGGGCGACGAACUGUUCAUAUGGUGGGCCGCACGGUGGAAGGGACAUAUGGACCUGAAUUAUCCUAAUUUAAUCAAAUGGUUAGGAUCAUUUGAUGGGGGAUAUUUUGGUUUUGGGCACUGUUUCAUCUCAUGGUGUGUCCUGUCCGACCCAGCUGGGCUGAGAUUCAUGUGGUACGUAAGCUCUGUAAAUAUAUAAGCGUGUAUUUGCUUGUUGUGUGCUUUGAUAGAGUAUCAGACUGACACUGGCUUUAUUUAGCAGCUUUGUUUCUUAAUGUUUAUAUUAAUGUGUAUAAAUAAUGCAAACUGAUUUUCGGUGUUCUGAGUCGA